AUGGCGGAGCUACCUGGUAUGGUAGCCCUGAUGGUUGCGGAAGUGAAGAUCGCGUACAUAAGCGUACUGACAUUUGCUCAUGAUCAAUUGCAUGCAGGAGGGUCUUGUGGGUAUGGAGAUUUAGUUUCAAAACCUCCAUGGAAUUCCAUGGUUACUUCAGUUGGUCCUUCUCUUUACCAAUCCGGCAAGGAAUGUGGAGCUUGCUAUCAGGUCAAAUGCACUAAACAUAAAUCGUGUUCUGGCAAACCAGUGAAGGUGGUCGUCACAGAUUCUUGCCUGGGAUGUGUGUCUGAAUCUGCACACUUCGACCUUAGUGGAAAAGCAUUUAGUGCCAUGGCACUUCCUGGUCAAUGCCAGGAACUACGCAAUGCAGGAAAAUUGGAAGUCCGAUUCGCAAGAGUGGCAUGUGAUUAUCCAGGAAAAACCAUUGCAUUCCACGUCGACCAGGGAUCGAGCGCGUACUACUUUGCUGUAGUGAUCGAGUACGAAGAGGGAGAUGGUGAUGUUGCUAGUGUUCAGUUGAAGGACAGUAAAGGUAUCGAGAAGUGGUGUGACAUGCAACAAUCCUGGGGUGCAGUGUGGAAGCUUGAUGCAGGAGGGUCACCACUAAAACCUCCAUUGUCAUUAAAGGUGACUUCUCAGUACUCAGGGAAGACCUUGUUGGCUGAAAAUGUGAUUCCAACAAAUUGGCAGCCUGGUUGUAGCUACAGAUCCGUGGUCAAGCACCUGUGA